UGCUCAAAAUAAUUAAUUGGAAUGAGUAGUGUAAACUCAAAAUCUUCCUAAAAGUUGUUGUUACUUGAAGAAAUUGAGUGACAGUAGCAAUUUGCUUAUUUUUGAGUUUAUCAAACUUGAAAUCUUUGAUUAAUCAGAACUUUUUGCAUUUUUAUGUAACUGCUACUUAAAAUUAUUAACUCAGUGUUACUUAAAACUACAUGGAUUAAACAUGAAUUUAUGUCUUAUUUUGAAAGAACAAAUAAAUAAAUAAAAUCAAGAACAAAUUAAGAAAUAAAUCAAUUGCAUCAGAUAGAUUUGAAUAAAUUAUCACACACACGUUAUUAAAUGCGUUUAUAAAUAAUUCAUUGUUAUUAGUUUGCAUGUAACAAGGUUGGCUAUAAAUAAAUAAAAAAAAAUAUGUGAGUCUUCCACCGGAAGCGCUCACAUAUUUUAUUUUUUAGUAUUUGCGUGCACUUCCUCUGACCGUCACCGGAGCCCAGGAGGAGAAGAGCGGGUGACUAACCGACUGGAGCACGGUAACACUGAGUUGUGAAUGUUGCUGCGACAAAUAUGACUUGGCACUAGCAUCUUCGAUCCUAUGAGCUGUCAGCCACACAGGGAAGCCAGUCUAUCCACCUGCAGUCUGACUUCAAUGAUACAACCCCACUCUCUGCAUACAAGAUUGAUGGCUUGCUGCUGUUGACUCCCAAGAAGUUCAUACAAGUGAGACAAAAUUAAGACCACUCUAUGGUGAGUAAUUCUUCAUAAAUCAUUAAUUGUUCAUUUAUUGGAAAAUGUGCUCAGUAUAACCAAUCAUUAUAUAGCUACAUACAACAUACAUUACCUGCAUUUUGGAAUUGCACUCUUUGGUAACACAUUCUAAAGAACAUGUCUAUAAUGCAUUAAAAGCACAAAUAUAACUGGCCAAUGUCAUGGUAGACAUAAUGUACUGUGACAUCAUGUAGUGAACCCAGGUCUCAGAUUUUUCUUUCAAACACUGUCAAUUUGGCAUGGAGGUAUAAAGCAUUAUGAAUGCUGAACACAUUGGAGGUUGUCAUUAAUGAUUAUAAACAAUUAGUAAGACUUAAAUAAAUGCACUAUGUCUGUGUGCUGAUGUGUUUUUAACCUUAGAAUCUCUUCAUUUAUUAAAGUGAUGGCAGCUGAAGCCCCACAAAACAUGAUCCUUCGUGUCAUCGAGGCAGACCGUGUAAGAAAAUUAAAACUCAGCUCCCGUCCAGCUUCUGUUGAUGCACUGAUUGAGAUUUUAAAAGGACAACUGGAACUGGACUGUGACUUCAGUUUGCAAUACGAAGAUCCAGACUUCGAUGGAAAACUGACGUGCCUUGUUGACAUCCAGGAGUUACCACAAAAAGCCUGUGUUCAUAUUUCACUUACACGGGAUUCCAGUUCUCGUGCAUCAACUGAUACCCUUUCAGAUGUGUCAUCCCCAGAACGUCUGAGCAGAUGGCCUCCAGGUCCUUUUCAAAUUCCCACAUUUGCGUUUGACGUUGAGCUGACACUUAGAGAUGGGAAUGCUGAAUUUGAAAAGAAUGAAAGACCUCUUCAGUUGUCAAGGGACCAGAAGCACAAUAUUUUAGACAAACUGGCAUCCACCAUACAUGGUUUUAAGGCAUACCCCAGUGAUAAAGAGGUAGCAAUGGUGGCUGAAGCUCUUGUAAGGAAACACCCCUGUUUAAAAGAAGCAGGAUCUGACAAUGGAUGGAAUGGCUGGAAGAACAGCAUCAAGUUUAAAAUGGGCAAUUACAGGACCAAGAUGAGAAGAGCCGGAUGUCAGGAGGUCGCUGUAAAUGCUGGGAAAAGGAGCCGAAAAAACCCUGAGAAUGAACCUUCACACUCCAAUAUCAAAAGACCUAAGCGUGCAGAGGUCAACUUCCUGCCUAACUUUCCUCAAGGAGAGAAUCCCUCAAGUCUUGACCUUUUGAGGCAGGCUAUUGUUGAGGAAGUAAAGAAGACUGAGAGAAACCUACCCCUUAUUAGUAAAAUGAUGCAGAACACGUUUGCUUUGCGACGCCAGACCAUUGUGAUGACGAGUCCUGCGGUGAAAGAGCUAAUGGACCUAUGGCCUGCUCUUCAUAUGCAGUCUGAGGUGUAUGCAGAGUUCCAAAGGAUAACUAACCAGAACCUACCUAACACUUUCUACGCGGAGCUUGAUCGCCACACUCCUCGUUUGAUGGCCUUAUUUAGGCAGAAAGCCUCCAAAACUGGAAAGACGGCAGAUGCUUUGGCAGACAUUUUCAAAGUCCAUGAUACACAGGAAUUACAUGAUGUCCACACAAGGCGUACCACUGUUCUCCAUGCCCUUCCUGUGUAUCUACGUGAGGAAGUCUCUGGAUUUUUCAGAACAUGUGUGGAUGAUAUGGAUGAGCCAGACCUGCGGGAUGCAUCAGUGGUCCUCCUUACAACUGUCAGCGAUGAUGCAACAAGCCCAGUUCACUACCACCCAGUGAGAGUGUCUGUCGUCCUAGAGGGUGAUGUGGUUGUCAGCCUCCCCAGGCUUGCAGAUGCCUUCCUGGUAAUAUUCGGCCUGAUCUAUGCACUACAUCUCAGUUAUCCCGAGGGACUGACAAACACCUUUGAGUUCACACAGAAAAUCUUACUUGGUCUUGAUGACUCUAAACUGUCACCCAAGCUGCAGACUCUUAAAAAUGACCUGAUGUUGUAUGUGUAACUCAAGAUCCAAUAAGGAGUGGUGGAUUCUGAUGGCUCACUCUGUUAGAGCACAGUCCACAAUGAGAAUAUGUCAGGUCCAUGUUGACUACUGUUCAACUGUAGAUGUUAAAGUGGCUGUUCUACUCAACUUGUUUUUAGCCAAAUGGCACAAAGUACACACUGUCUUCGUACUGGUUAAUGUAAAUUGUAUUGUUUAACUGAAAUGCAGGGUUGAAUUAAGUGU